GAAAACUGUACUCGCACGCUUAACCUCUAACAUUACGAAGGACGAAAUUUCGUCGAUCGUGAAUCGUUCGCAGUUUUUUGUUAGUGAUUUCUGUGCGGUGUUAUGUCGCGAGGUUUUAUGUUACGCGCGUGAUAUUUCAUAUCCUUACGACGCAACGAAGGAGACAGUGCACCAAGGAAAGAGGAAGAGGAAAUCAACGAUUCAGCGUAUCCUGCGACACGAAAACGCAAGGCACGCCGGCUAUUUUUGCUGUCAAAAAACGUUGACGAGGCAGAAAUGGCACGGUCGGAGUCACGGUGAGAAAAGGGCGAGGGUGAAGCCCUCGCGCGAAACGGGAGCUAUGGUGAAAAGCUUCGGUUUCUUCGCCGGGAGGGCGAUACCUGCCGUCCACCUUAUGCUUUUUCUCGCUCUGGCCGACACGACGAGCGCCGUAGACCUCUCCCAAUGCAUCGCGCCGCUUGGUAUGGAAUCCGGCGCGAUCCCGGACGCGGAUAUCACGGCAAGCUCUACGUUCGACACGGGAAACGUUGGUCCGCACCUAGCACGAUUAAAAGUGGAGAAUCUGGGUGGCGCUUGGUGUCCGAAAAACCAGAUCACCCAAGAAGCCCGAGAAUGGUUGGAGAUCGACCUUCAUACGGUUCACUUGAUCACGGCUACCGCUACGCAAGGUCGCUUCGGCAACGGUCUCGGUGUUGAGUAUGCAGAGGCGUAUCUGCUCGAGUACUGGCGACCGCGUCUGGGCAAGUGGGUUCGAUACAGAGAUAUCAAAGGAAAAGAGGUAAUACAGGGUAACACGAACACGUAUUUGGAGUCCAAGCACGAGCUGGAGCCGCCUCUGUGGGCGAGCAAGAUCCGUUUUCUGCCCUACAGCCAUCACACGCGGACGGUUUGCAUGCGGGUCGAGCUCUACGGAUGUUACUGGAGCGAUGGCGUGGUAUCCUAUUCGAUGCCGCAAGGUGAUAAAAGGGGUAAUGGAUGGGAAUUCUUCGAUGCCACCUACGAUGGACACUGGGACGGGGAGCUACGACGUGGACUGGGCCAGCUGACAGACGGCAGGACGGGUCCUGAUAACUUCAAACUGGGAUACUACGAUAACGAUCGCACGCAGGGCUGGGUUGGAUGGAGAAACGACACACGUGGACAACCGGUCGAGAUCAAGUUCGAAUUCGACAAGGUUAGAGAGUUCUCGGCCAUCCACAUCUACUGCAACAAUCAGUUCACCAAGGAUGUUCAGAUAUUUUCCCAAGUCGACAUACUGUUCAGUAUCGGUGGCAAAUAUUACACGGGCGAGCCAAUAACAUAUACCUACAUGGAGGACAAGAUCUUCGAAUCAUCUAGAAACAUCACCAUCAAGCUCCAUCAUCGAGUCGGCAAGUACGUGAAGUUGAGGCUCCACUUCUCCGACAGAUGGAUAAUGAUCAGCGAGGUGACCUUCGAUUCCGACGUGGCUCACGGUAACUUCACGCCAGAGGAAGCACCGACAACCGAGUCACCUAUUCAGAGCGACGUCUUCGUGGAGAAAAACGGUGCUGCGGAGGGUGAACUUCCGGUCUCGACUGCGAAGCACGACGACCCGACGUACAUGGCGGUCGUGAUCGGCGUGCUAACCGCCGUCAUCCUUCUGCUCGCCGUUGUGAUAUUUCUCAUCGUCUCCAGGCACAGGCAACGAAAGUGUUUCGCCAGUCCUAUGACUGGAAAGGCACCAUCCCAUCUUGGAUCUACCUGCGCUACGGUCGAGAAAGGAGCCGCACUCAUGGCAUACACUUUGGAGGAUGAUGAAAGGUACGCGGGUGGUUCGCUACCGACACUGCCGCGGGACUUAGGGAACCGUUUUCUGGACAUCGUGAAACUCGACGACUAUCAAGAACCCUACCAGGCCCUGAAGUACGCACCGUACUACAGCUACAGCACCGUCGUUAUGGAGAUGAAAGACAUGAUGCUGAACAACAAGGGCAGCAACAUCAAUCACUCAGCGGUGUACGCGAAUGGUGCAGUUGACACAUCGUACGAUUAUGCGGUACCGGAACUCGGCACGGUGCCCCUGCUCAACCAGGACAGCACAGGACGCGGGCCUGCCGUUUCCAGCGGCACUAGCGACCAGGACAGCAUCCUCUCCAAGACCUCUUCGCGUAGCAACAAGACGGAAAACAAAAAGUCGCCGACUCAACAGGAGGUACUUUCGGCCCUGAAGAGACGUCUGGAGCAGACAAGCGUCCCGCUCUUCCCACGGCAUCGCCUCCGCAUGCUCUCGAAACUUGCCGAAGGGGCCUUCGGAACGGUGUACGUGGCGGAAGCAGAAGGGAUCCCGGAAUAUGGAACGACGACCACCGUUGGCAAGCGUCUCGUCGCCGUCAAAUUUUUACUGCCGGAAGCCAGCGAGAAAGAAAAGAUGGAUUUCCAACGAGACGUCAGGAUCCUGGCAGCUCUAGAGGAUCGCAAUAUCGCCCGAGUCCUGGGUGCUUGCUGCCGCGAAGAGCCAUAUUGCGUAGUAAUGGAGUACCUGGAACAUGGAGAUCUCUGCCAAUUCCUCAAGACGCAUAUCACUGCCGAAGAUGCCCAUUCUAUGCCGAUCGGUGUCAAAACGCUCAGUUUCAACUGUCUCAUCUACAUGGCGGCGCAAAUCGCGUCGGGCAUGCGGUACCUGGAGAAUCUGAACUUCGUGCACCGGGAUCUGGCUACUAGGAAUUGCUUGGUGGGCAAAGCUUAUCACAUUAAAAUCUCGGAUUUUGGUACGGACAACGAAUUGUACGCGAGCGAUUAUUACAAAGUCGAUGGCACGGUACCCCUGCCGAUACGCUGGAUGGCCUGGGAAUCCAUAUUCCUGGGCAAGUACACGACGAAGAGCGAUGUAUGGGCGUUUGCCGUGACCCUGUGGGAGAUCUUGAACCUGGGCAGACGGGUCCCCUACGAGCACUUGUCGAACGAGGAAGUGGUCCAGAGCCUGCGACGAUUGCAUCGCGCCACGGAGUGUACCGACGCCGAUGACGAGAACAGCGGCUGCAAAGAGAAUACCGAUAACCUUUUCAACUAUUUACCGCAACCGACCGCGUGCUCGAAAGAUAUUUACGAUUUGAUGCUGGAUUGUUGGCGACGUGAGGAGAGCGAGAGGCCGACCUUCCGGGAGAUCUCGAUGUUUCUCCAGCGGAAGAACCUCGGCUACGCGCCCACGUCCUGAUAUUGAACGUCCGGUAAAGUCGAGGAGCACAUGGUUCGUGGCGGUUGCCACGCGUGCCCGGCUAAACGACGCUCGAACAUAGACCAUGGGCUGGUCGAAGACGCCGUCUACCCACAUUGGAUAACCAUGAGAACAAAGUUCUGAAUUCUUCGACGAGGCAAGCUUUCGAUGUACUCGAACGAAGGAUCGAGACGCGUAAAGGUAUAGAAACAUCGAAGAAGAAGAUACAACGAUAAGGUUCAAUCUUGGUUUCCAGCAACGAAAUCGAACUCUUCAGGCUGCUUACAUAAUUUAUUCCACGAAACAGUUCUUUCGAACGAUGCCGAUACGAAGAAAUAUUCCGUAGGAGCGUUAAAGACUUCGAAACGGCUUUCAGGGAAACUGAUGUGAAUAAUCCAUCGCGCAGCACUGUCGUAGAUAUAAAAGAACUGUCCGUGUCAAAGUCGAAAUAAUAGAAAGAUACUCGAGGAAAUAUCGUAUUUACUUAGUACAUAAGUCAGCGAGAUUCGUCGAGACGCUAGACGAUCUAGACGCGAGAGCAUAUUCGACGAGACCGUUGUUUAGACGUAAGACGCAUAUAAGGAAUACAAAUGUAAAACUGUGAAUUCGACAAUCGAGCGAAGAGAACGCGAGGCGAAUUUUGUUCACCGAAGUUGUUGGACUGCGCGAAAUCUGGUGACAGUUUCACGCACGAGGCAGCAAAGAUCUCGAGCGAUCCGUUGAUCCUCGAUAUGAUCCUGGAAAAUUUAGGAGCAAUAUCGUGUAAUUAUAAUACAGCUGUGAACAUUCCUGCAUGGAUUUAAAGAUACGUCUAUAUCUUCGAGGUAAAUAAGAGAUACUCGCCGUUUAAGAUAUUAGAAGUUACCCUUUGAAACAUGUCUUUCCUUUAUAAAGAAACAAUAAAAGAAAAAUAUGAAAAUGGCUGAGCAAGAGAAAGGAGAGGAAAGAAAUUGCAAUUGUAUGGCAAUAUGGUAACUAAGUAUCAAACUCCUUCGUGGGUUGUCAAUCGAGUAGACAAAGGGAAAAAAGAUUAUGACAUAUGAAAAAACGAGUAUGAAUGCGUGUGUUUGUGAACGUAUAGGUGGUUACAAUUCAUCGUGCGUAAAUUUAUCGUAAUCGUUAGGCAGCUCGAUAGGGUUUUACUUCGAACGAAGCAAACGAAGACUAUCGAACUUUUCGUGUAAUUCGUACACGAUAGGGCUCUCAUCGCAUACAUCGUAAACUAGAAAGAUUCGCCAUGCUAUUAUUUUAUGGCUUCUGUAUUCGGUCGGAUUACAUUAAAAUUAGGAUAAUAUUUAAGAACGAAACUAAAUCGUUAAGUUAUUAAGCAGAGAAUCGAAUUGUAGAUUGAAAAAGAUUUAACAAAGUUUUUAGCCUCGGCGAAUGUAUCAAAGUAGCAAUUUUCGCGUGAGAGCUCGGCGAUAUCAUGUAUUUCGUGAUUCACGAAGGUAUACAUAUUUCGCUGUUGACAAAUGGUGACUCUCACCAUGACUAUGACACAUCAUAAUUGUAACUUUAUAUGAUAGGCGGGAUCAAUACAAAGACAAAGAAAAGAACUAGUAUAUUGUACAUAUAGACGUACAUCGAGAAGUAGGAGACGUUUAUCAUUGCGCUGAGAGAGACAAACGCGAACGAGACGACGAGAUUAGCAGCGUACAAGCAAUUCGUCUUUGCGUGUCGUCUUUGGAACCGUGUUCCUUUUUGUCUCUUUCGUCAAUACGAUUUCGUUGAGAAACCAACGGAAUUGGUCGUUCUAAGGAUAGCAACAGAAUAUUUCGGUGUGAAGUCUGGAACGUUAUCAACAUAUCGGAGUCUUGGUUUCGUAAUGGAACGAAGCAAGAAAAUAAAAAUGCGAAGGGACAAGAAAACGACGAGUUUAUAAGAUUUCCAAGUCAGAUGUUCGUUUAGCGAUGCUAUUCUCACGACAUUCAACUAAUUAAUCAUUCGAUUCGUUAUGUUCCGUAUGUAUUUAUACAAGAUGAAUACUAUUAAUAGCAUUCGCAAUAUCUAGUAAGUAGGUGAUGUUACCGUUAUAACAUUAAAAAUACUAUUUAUAUAUCUUAAUGUAACGCCGCGUAAGAAGUAGAUAUAUCAGAGACAUAGCCGUUCGUAUAUAAAUCGUACGUGCGUUGAAUUUAAACGUAACAUAUUCGUAAGUUUGCUUCUCUGUCGUUGAACAAAGGAAACAAAGAGUUGAGGAAAGAAGUGGAAAAUAAAAAAGGGUAAAAAUAUACGAGAUAAUCAUAAUAUAAAUUCAAAUCAAGCGUAGAUCAGUUUACGAUGUUAUCGAUAAUAAAAGAAAAAGAAA